ACGGACAGGGAUGCUGAUCCGACCCAGACCUGCGCAUCGCAAUCCAGUGGGCCCGCUCUACAUUCACCUGGCCCAACUCGAUUUCCAGUCCAGAAUUCCAGAUUUUCGAGGUCAUCUACUUGUUUCAGCAAGGCCAGAACCUGGCCUUCCAAGAUUUGGAGCCGUCCCUUGGAGUUUUCCGUUGCAAUCUCCAAGGCUGCAGUCCUUUGCUCAACUGCUACCACACGCCGAUCCAACACCCGGAUCUCCUGCUGAGGUUUUUUCAGCAUGGCAGUAAUCAGUUCCAGCGCUGUUUCAUGAAUAGACGCUGCUGCUCCACCAAACUUAAAGGCGCUGCCAAGGGAGUCGAAGCAGCAGCUGUGGAUCAAUGUGUUCUGGAACAUGUCCAGGAAAAGUAGGACUUGAACUUAGAUCUUCUGGCCUAGAGAAUGUCCCAAUGGCAUCAACUUCAUCAACUGGAUACACAGCUCCUGGAAAAAGUAGACCAGUUGUACGAUGAUACUUUUCCCAUGGAGGUCCGUCAGUUCCUAGCACAUUGGCUGGAGCACCAGGAUUGGGAUCUUGCCUCGAAUAAUGAUUCACUGGCCACUCUUCUGUUCCAUAAUUUAUUAAAACAAAUAGAUGACCAGUACAGUCGUUUCUUCCUUGAAAAAAAUUUUCUGCUUCAGCACAAUCUUAAAAGAAUUAAACAAAACCUUCAGGUGCAGUAUCUGGACAACCCUUUGCAUAUGGCAUCUGUUAUUGCAAAUUGCCUGAAGGAGGAGCGGAGGAUUCUAAUAACAGUGAACACACCUGAACAGGGGCUUGAGGAAAAAUUACUACAGAACUCCAUGAUUUCAGAAAGGCAAAGAGGUCUGGAACACAGAAUGACUGCCAUAAAGGCGAAUACACAGUUGGUAGAACAAGAUGUCAAAUAUCUUGAAGAUCUGCAGGAUGAAUUUGAUUUUAGAUACAAGACACUACAAACACAAGAACACAGUGAUAGAAACAGUGUUCAUGUAAAAGAAGAAGUUUUUCGGUUGCAAGGAAUGCUCAAUCAACUGGAUCAUAAACGAAAGGAGGUACUCCAUAAAAUCACAGAAUUGUUAAACCAAAUGGAUUUUCUAAUGAAUAGACAACUGUUUGAAGAGCUAACAGAAUGGAAACGACGACAGCAAAUUGCUUGCAUUGGAGGUCCGCACAAUACCUGCCUUGAUCAACUGCAGAACUGGUUUACAUUGUUUGCAGAAAGCUUAUUUCAGGUCCGAAGACAGCUGAAAAAACUCGAAGAACUGUUGCAAAAGGUGACUUAUGAAGGAGAUCCAAUGCCUCUGCAGAGACCACAUUUGGAAGAAAGAGUGAACAUUUUGAUUUACAGUUUCAUCAAAAGUUCCUUUUUAGUAGAAAGACAGCCUUGUAUGCCAACCCAUCCACAAAGACCAAUGGUCCUAAAAACAGGAGUGCAGUUCACUGUGAAAUUAAGGUUUUUGGUAAAGUUACCUGAGUUGAACUAUCAGCUAAAGGUGAAAGCUACAAUUGACAAAGAAAGUUCAACAGCAAGAGGAUAUCGCAAGUUUAAUAUAUUAGGCACCAACAGCAAAGUAAUGAAUAUGGAAGAGUCAGUCAAUGGAAGUCUUUCUGUAGAAUUCAGGCACCUGCAACUCAAAGAACAGAAAUCCUCUGCAGGAACUAAAGGAAAUGAGGGUCCUCUGAUUGUGACAGAGGAACUUCAUUCAAUCAAUUUUGAAACACAGUUUUGUCAUCAAGAUUUGGUCAUAGAUUUAGAGACCAGUUCAUUGCCUGUCGUGGUGAUCUCCAAUGUAAGUCAACUGCCUAGUGGCUGGGCUUCAGUUAUAUGGUACAACAUGUUAAUGAAUGACCUCAAGAAUUUGGCCUUGUUCACCAGUCCUCCUACUGCCACUUGGAGUCAGUUGUCAGAGGUGCUGAGUUGGCAGUUCUCUUCCUAUGUGGGACGAGGUCUGAGUUCUGACCAGCUCAACAUGUUGGCAGAGAAGUUGCUGGGACCACAGCUGAGUUACAACGAUUGUCACGUUUCAUGGAAUAAGUUCUGUAAGGAGAAUCUUCCUAACAGGUUCAGUUUCUGGUUGUGGUUAGAUGGAAUCCUGGAACUCAUCAAGAAACACCUAUUGGCUUUAUGGAUAGACGGGUACAUUGUGGGAUUUGUGAGUAAGGAAAAUGAACGUGCUUUACUGAAAGAUAAACCUUCUGGCACAUUUUUAUUGAGGUUCAGUGAGAGCAGCAGAGACGGUGCUAUUACAUUUACCUGGGUCGAUCGAUCUGAGAAUGGGGAAAUGAAAUUUCAUUCAGUAGAACCUUACUCCAAGAGUCAGUUAUUAGCGGUUCCUUUGCCUGACAUCAUCCGUGAUUACAAAGUAAUGGUGGCUGAGAAUAUUCCAGAGAACCCGCUACAAUUUCUAUAUCCCGAUAUUCCGAAGGACAAAGCUUUUGGAAAGCAUUACAAUAAUAAACCAAAAGAAGUAUCUGAACCAACAGAGACAGAGAAGAAAGGCUAUAUUUCCUCAAGGUUUAUCCCAUUCUCUGAAUUUCCAAAUGCUUCAACGGCUCCAGUUUCUUCAUCAGACCUACUUCCCAUGUCACCAGGAGUGUAUGCUGAACUGAAACAGCAGCUGAGUCCAGCAGAAAUAGAGACUGCUGUAUGUUUUGAAGCAAUGAUUUAACUAGAAUUGACCUCCAUAGUUCUUUUCACAAUAACUCAGACAAUAAACUAUCUAAAUUAUAGUUAGAUGUCCAAUAAUAUUUCAUUUUAAGAGGGUGCAACAAGCUCUUUUAUAACAAUGCAAUUGUAAAACACAAAACAAUGCAAAUGUAUAUGCACAAGCUUACAAAUGACAUCGAUAUAAUACUUCAUCUCUAAUUAAUUGCUAUGAUACAGAUUUGAAUUUCAGACAUUGUAUCAUGCAAUGAAGAUCUGUCAAACCAAAGUUACACUGCUCACCGCAGUUCAAUGUAGAUGGUCGGACCUCAGUGUGAAAAGGAUUGUGUAUGUAAACAUUUGAAUACUUGGUCAGUGUAUCACAAUACGGGAGACAAAUGUUUAAUAUUGUGAAAGUACAAAUAGGAGUUGCCUCUUUCAAAUAUUAAAAACAUUCCAGAUAAAAUUUGUAAAGUUUGAAAGAGCACAAACAGGUUACUUCAGUAAUUUUAACUUGUGGUCGUAGACUAUACUACACACAUUGCAAAGUUUUUGAGACACGAGCCUACCUGUUGAUUGAUUGAGAUGUCAUGAUUUCUGAUUUUAGUACAAACUGAGAUCAAGUGAUUGAGCUAAUUCACAAGUUAUAUUGACACUUUCAUACUGCCCAUCUGAAACACUUUGUAUUGACAACAGGGUGGAAGUUUAAUGAAUAAUGCAACAAUGAUAUUUACAUUAGUGCUAUAUUUCUUGCAUUGUACAUGUAAUAUACUUGCAUGGUCAUAUACAAUAACAUAAAAAGUCCUGGGUGGAAUUCUCUGAACCGCUAAACAACAUGGGCACUGGCAGGUCAGUUGAGAAAACACAGCAAGAAUGGAAAAUGAGGUUCUUAAUAUCAGGAGAAAAAAGUCAGAUUUUUAAGCCAAGAUUUCCAUGGUCAGAGGCCUAUUUGUAUGUAUUUAUAUCUCAUCAUUACCUAAUCUUCUCUUAUUUAUGCAAAAGUUCCUAUUCUCCCAUGUGAUGGGAGUGAACUAGAUGGCAAGAGUUUCCAAUAUAAAACUCAAAGCAGGUAGCUAGCGGCUCUAGUUCACCGCUUACUACUCCAGUCUCUAAGUUGGUCAACAGUCCCCAGCAUAUCUGAGUGUGUUGCACAAGCAGAAAGCAUUGUCCAGCACAUCCUGCCCACAGAUGCUGGUAUCAGACACAUACCAGCACCACCAUUCCCUUAUGACACAUCUCCAACUCUCUUAGAACACAGUUCUCUACUUGAUUGCUGCACUUUGGAGUGCACCAACAUCUUUCACAAUAAUGCAGCUGCCAGGCUGCUUUAUUUACAGGGAAAAGCUCCCACUAUUGUGCAUCAGAGCAUUUCCAAGCACUUAGUUUGCUUUCUUAGCACAUCCUCACCUCAUGUCUACUUGGAUGCUUGCAGCAUUUCUGCCUUGCCUUGUCCUUUCGCACUUUACCCUCUCAUUCUUAGCUCAAAGGUGCACUGUACUUGGGUCUUGCCUUGCCUUUAUGUGUAUAUGCAAAGCCAGCACGUUGUCAUGAUUGCCAACAAUGCUCAGUGAAGGGGGUGGACAUGUUGCUGUAUGGCAUUGUGCUAUAGCAGUAUCACACCUACAGCAUGUGUCUGCAGCUUACUGACCAAACACACACCAAAUGCAUCAAAUAAAUGACCAUUUCUCAAAGUCUAAGGGGAAUUGUUAUCAGUCAGGGAAUCCUGCUACAGUCAGUCAAGGACAGCAUCCAAUUUUAGGCUAAGGGCUUGAAACUGGUCAGUUCAUCUGGUGAGGUAGUCAGAGGAUCCAUAUUAUUACAGACUGUUAGUAGGGUCACAGUCAGUCGUCUGGUUCCAGAAUAACCUAUCAGGGUAUAUUCUGGUAUGUUUAUUGGUCAAGAUAUUGGUCAAGAAUCUGGUCAGUCGUCAGUCAGGGCUGUCCUUCCAAGUCAGUGAGGGAGAGGAGUGGGUUACAGACAGUCUUCAAGGUCCGUUCACUGAAAGUCAAGGGUGGCAGUAUCAGGGGCUACUGCUGUGUUCAGAAACUCAAUGGUGAGGAUUCAAGGCAGAAUGCUGGGAUAGAGGUACGACUCCAGAUAGAAAACAAUGGUACAGUGGAGAGCAUGGCUUACUGAAAGAGGAGCUCAUCAGCAGUCACCAUCACCCUGGCUUCAAUGGGAAUGGUGGGGGAACAGUACAUAACAAUGGUUGGCAUAGUAGGAUAAAGAUUGGCACAAUAUCAAGGGUGGAAGGGUCUGUACGGUGAUGUGCUAUUCUAUGUUCUAUUCUAGAUGCAAGCCUAGGUUCAAGGGUUAAAAUUGGAAGAUGAAGACUUAAAAAAAGAAGUUGGUUGGAAGAUUUGGAUGCUCAAACCCGAUAGUGCUCAAACAACAAGUGCAAGGAAGAAAGGGACAGGAAAGUUAGGACAGGAUCAGACUGUGAGUCACUCAUCAAAGCACUGUCGAUGUUACUCGUCAUCCUCACCCAAAUCGUAAAUGUGCAAAGCAAAUAUAAAAUAGAUGCCACGCUACCUAGAGUUGGCAGAGUAAGUAGUUUUUCUUGUCUGAGCACACAAGCUGUUCUUGGGAAAUUUGUGAGGCUAUUCAAGUGGCAGUUAAUCAGGUACUUUCAGAGUAGAGACAGAACACAUCUGUAUUGUAGUAUUCCACAUGAGAAUUUGUGCAAUGUAUGUGAGCGUGUGAUGCAAAACCUGGUCAAAAGUAAUCCUGACCAUGUCCUUUGUCUUUACAAAAUGAUCUUGAUCAUUUCUGCAAAGCAGAAGCAAUCCCAGGUAAAGUGGCAGCUGCAGAUCACAAUUCACAAAGCCAAUCCAAGAUCUUACUGGCUGCAUGAGGGCACAGAGCUGAUUUCCUCUCAUGUUGAACUGUAAAUAUUGAUCAACGUACUUUGAAAUGCAAGGCUGCCUUUCUUGGGUGAUGGGGGUGGGGUGGACACCGUUGCAGUAAUUCUUCAGCACUUACAAUCUCCUACCGUAUUUGCAUGACAUGGCAUGGCUUGUGCUGCACACAUCAGAAUAACGUUACUAUGUCAAAGAUUUGUGUAAAGGCUUUCCACAGCCCUCCUUGUCAGAGUCCUCCAUUUCUUAUGAUACUGAAAACGACGCUAAACCAUCAUUUUGUUCUGUGAAUGCUGACUGUUCACAUAACUAAGGACUUGCUUUGUGUAAAAAAAUAGAUUUGUCCUGUUUCUGACAUUCCAUCUUGGAUCUAUGACCAAUGGAUCCAGCCACAGCAGGUGGCAUUGUCCCAUUCGCCAAGUACACCAAAGUUGCAGAGAAAUUGAGGACCACAUGUGCCAAACCUAGGAGACACAGGCAACCUCCAGAGGCUGUUGAAUAGCCUCCACAUGAAAAGGUUGAAGGUGAAGGACCCUCAGGAUGCGAAGAACGCACGGGAGACUCAGAGUUGUAUCAUUCCCAAUGCCAUUUCCUUCAGACAAGUGAGGUACCUUGUAGCAGCAGGCUGAGGAUGUUCCAGGACUCUGAUACUGAACUGUGUCAUCUGCUAGAGUGGGAUUUGUAACCUGAAGGUGGCCAUCCCAUCCCAGUGGCUAUCAAAGUGACAGCUAUGCUAACUUUUUAUCUAACUGCUGCUUCUCAGGAUCCACUGGGGAGCUGUGUAUGAUUUCUCAAUUCUUAACCCACAAAUAUAUCAAGGCUGUUAAAAAUGUGACACCACCUCAUCUUGUUUCUCCGUGAUGGGAAUCAGCACUGCACCCUGAGCAAUAGGUAUUUUCAACAUCACUGCCUUCUCCAUUGUGUACCUUGUCUACGUUGUGUUGAGAGCAUCACAUCAAAAUGUGGCUGACUUCUUCAGCAGAAUAGGAUUCCAUUCCAUCAAUGUAUAAGCCAUUUAUGCCAGAUAUCCUGAACCUCCAUAAUACCUGUAUCCUUGAGAACUCUCAUGUUCCUACUACGUUUUAAGAGAAGGAUGCCUUGAAAGAAUGGUUAUUGGAAAAUAAGGGCUACUCUCUACAAUCAUGGCUAAUGACUCAGUUAUGCAACUCUCUGAGUGAGGCUGAACGAAGAUACUUCCAACCUCAUAGUCCAGAAACCCCGCACUGCCCAGUAGAUACAGCACAGUCCAUUCUUUCCCCUGGGCUAUCGUGCAGCAAAUAAUGGGCCUCCUGAUGAUGAGUUUCUGAUGUCUAAACCUGUCUUGAAUCUUACAGUCCAUUGCUAAAAGAGUGUUGCGUGGUGUGCUCUGCACAUCUGGAGCAGACAAAGAGGGGACGCGAUGCUGAAGAGCUGGGAGAGCGGCAGCAGUUUUCCAAUGAGAAAGAUGAUGAAAUUGAGCAGAAAAACAUCACCUUCAGCCUGAGAAAGCAAUGCAGCAUUGGAUGAAACAAACCAGGCAGGACUUACUUCACACCCAGUUCCAAUACAAGUGAUCUGGGUGAAGUCUCUAUUUCAUUCUCUGUAAAUUUAUUGUUAAUCAAAAGGCAGGUGCCUGUUUGUUCUCUGAGCAAAUGCAGCUUUUUUGAUUGUCACUUCUUCACUUUCCCUGUUCAAUAAAAGAUAGCAUUUUCGAAUGUUUGAAGACUUUCCACCAUGUGAUACUCUCAAGUCAUACAAUGACCAUGGGGUGGUGUACUACACUGGGCAUUAGGGAAAAUGUAGGAUCAUUCUUGUAGCUAUAGUUAAAAUGGCAGUCACUCAGACAGUGAUGGUGUAAAGUGGCAGUAUAUUUCUGUUUCUAGUGAAGAGUGACCUAGGCUACUUACAUGUCCUGAGAAGCUGUCCUUUACCAUUGCCCUUUCACUUGUUUACUGUGAAGCACUAUUUGUGGCUGGUAGUGAUUGACUGGUCUUUGACUGAUGAAAACGGUGUUCAAGGAGAAUAUCAUUAUACCCAUGAUUUGGAGAUGCCAGUGUUGGACUGGGGUGUACAAAGUUAAAAAUCACACAACACCAGGUUAU